GAGGGAGGGCGGUGUGUGGAGACGUAAGGAGGAGAAAAAGCUAGUAAACCUGACAAAGCGUCUGCUGUCGGCGUAGAGACGAGGACAUACACUGAUGGAUUUUAAGACAUUUUGCUUCAGACGUCUGUAUUACUGAACUUCAUUAUCCAACUAGCACCUUCUUAGCUGACAAGUGCACACUUGGAUUGUUGCUUCGCCCUGGAAGAAGAAACUUGGUGACGAGGACGAAAGUUUCGGGGCUACUUCGCUGUGCCUUAUUUCUUUUGAGCCCACUUCCACGGAUAAAACGCCUAAAAGUAGGAUUUCUCUGCAUGGCAGUGGACUACUCUGUGAAUCGGGCUUUGGAUAUAAUCUGUGAUUUGUUCUGAGUGUGGAUUAGUCAAAUCCAAACUUUUUUUUUGGUGCAUUGAGGAGUUGGAGACAUUUCCCCCAGUGGAUUGAGCCCCUGUUCUGCCCCCCUUUCUUAACCGUGCAUGCCAAAACACAGAGCUCCACCACUUUAGUCCACUCUGCCCAGGUGAUCGGGUGAAUUCCACUGUGUGACUGGCUGACCCGGCAGCAGUUGAUGGUUGGGCGGACCCCCUCAGAUGGGAUCAGUGUCCAGGAGGCGGUGGAGAAGGGGGGUAUGGGGAGCGCUGGCAGCAAAUAACGGGAUGGCCUCAUGGGCCUGGCUGCUGGCUGCCGUCCUGCUGUCCCUGCUGACUGUCAGCGUGGCCCGACCGCCCCUGACCUCCACCAAGGAGGAGGAGGCCACCCUGGAACCCGAAGACACAUCGAACAAAUACCAAAUAUCUAAGCCCACGGUAUGCUCAGUGCACCCGGGGGAGGUGCUGAAGCUGAGCUGCCCUCUGCCGGCAACGGGGACCAUCACCUGGACCAAAGACGGCAGCUCUCUGGGCGCCAACAACCGCACACUGAUAGAACAGGAUGUGCUUCAAAUCCGUGAUGCCACGCCCAAGGAUUCGGGCCUGUACGCCUGCACCAGCGUGGGCAAAGACACGGUCUGCUUCAUAGUCAAUGUCACAGAUGCCAUCUCGUCGGGGGAUGACGAGGACGAUACAGAGCGAUCAGAAGACACAGGGGCAGACGGAGAACAGCUAAGCUCCCCGUAUUGGACCUCGUCCGCAAAGAUGGAGAAGAAGCUGCAUGCGGUUCCAGCUGCCAACACAGUGAAGUUCCGCUGUGCUGCAGGAGGCAACCCCCGGCCCAAGCUACGCUGGCUAAAAAACAGCAGGCCUUUCCGCCAGGAGGACCGCAUGGGAGGUUAUAAGGUACGAAGCCAGCACUGGACUCUGAUAAUGGAGAGUGUGGUUCCGUCAGACAAGGGCAAUUACACGUGUUUGGUGGAGAACGAGUUUGGAUCCAUCAACCACACCUACACCCUGGACGUUGUGGAGCGGUCCCCUCACCGGCCCAUUCUUCAAGCCGGCCUGCCUGCCAACACGACUGUUUAUGUCGGAGAGGACGCCCGCUUUGUCUGCAAAGUGUACAGUGACGCCCAACCUCAUAUCCAGUGGCUGAAACACAUCACUCAGAAUGGCAGUCGCUAUGGUCCUGAUGGGCACCCUUAUGUCAAAGUACUAAAGACCGCGGGUGUAAACACCACAGAUAAGGAGAUAGAAGUUCUCUACUUGCCCAAUGUAACAUUUGAAGCUGCUGGGGAGUAUACGUGCUUGGCGGGUAAUUCUAUUGGGAUCUCCUAUCACACUGCUUGGUUGACGGUGCUUCCAGCUGCAGAGAAAAACGCAGAGCCCCUUCCACCCGACUAUGUGGAGAUUGCUAUUUACUGUGCAGGCGUCUUCCUCAUUGCCUGCAUGGUGGGCAUCGUGGUGGUGUGCCGCAUGAGGAACACGGCAAAGAAACCGGACUUUGGCGGCCAACCUGCAGUUCACAAACUGAGCAAACAGAUCCCUCUUCGGCGCCAGGUAACAGUGUCGGCUGAUUCCAGCGCUUCUAUGAACUCCAAUACACCGCUUGUACGCAUCACCACGCGGCGGAGUUCAGCGCACGAUGACCCGAUUCCUGAGUACGACCUUCCUGAGGAUCCACGAUGGGAGUUUGCCAGGGACAGGUUGACCCUGGGCAAACCCCUCGGCGAAGGCUGCUUCGGCCAAGUUGUAAUGGCAGAAGCUCUUGGCAUCGAUAAAGACAAACCCAAGGAGGCUGUAACUGUCGCUGUCAAAAUGCUGAAAGAUGACGCCACUGAAAAGGACCUGUCUGACCUGGUGUCAGAGAUGGAAAUGAUGAAGAUGAUUGGUAAACAUAAGAACAUCAUCAAUCUGUUGGGGGCCUGCACGCAAGAUGGUCCUCUAUAUGUAAUAGUGGAGUACGCUUCCAAAGGUAAUCUUCGGGAGUACCUCCGAGCCCGUCGACCCCCUGGGAUGGAGUACUCCUACGACAUUGCCCGUGUCUCAGACGAGCAGCUCACUUUCAAAGAUCUGGUCUCAUGCACUUAUCAAGUGGCACGGGGCAUGGAGUACCUUGCAUCCCAAAAGUGUAUACACAGAGAUCUGGCCGCCAGGAAUGUCCUGGUCACAGAAAGUAACGUCAUGAAGAUCGCUGACUUCGGCUUGGCCCGCGACGUCCAUAACAUCGACUACUAUAAAAAGACGACCAAUGGUCGUCUUCCUGUGAAGUGGAUGGCUCCUGAAGCACUUUUUGACCGAGUCUACACUCAUCAGAGUGAUGUGUGGUCAUUCGGGGUGCUGAUGUGGGAGAUCUUCACCCUCGGGGGCUCCCCGUACCCUGGCAUUCCUGUUGAGGAGCUCUUCAAGCUGCUCAAAGAGGGCCAUCGCAUGGACAAGCCAGGCAACUGCACCAAUGAGCUCUACAUGAUGAUGAAAGACUGCUGGCACGCCAUCUCAUCCCAUCGACCAACGUUCAAGCAGCUAGUGGAGGAUCUGGAUCGCAUCCUCACCCUCAACACCAAUGAGGAAUAUCUGGACCUGUGCACCCCCACAGAGCAGUAUUCUCCAAUCUUCCCUGAUACUCGCAGCUCCUGUUCCUCCGGCGACGACAGCGUCUUCUCCCACGAGCCUUUACCGGACGAGCCUUGUCUCCGCAAAUAUCAGCACAUCAACGGCAACGUCAAAUCAUGAGUCCCCCCCUCCCCCCCAGUUCCCCAUCCCACCCCUUGGCUCCCAGCUGACUUUCGGACCAAUUUUGGACCACAGCGCUGUUGCACUGCCAUUAGCCACAUCCAACACGCCCUCAUGUCUUAAGGAGAGGAAAGAAGCAGAGGUUCCCGAUACAAGCUGAGCUUUUAUACACACUGAAUGAACUGACAUUCUUCAAGGGAACUCGUCUCUUCUUUUUCAUAUUAACACAAACUUUUCAUAUCAGAUUUACACAAGGAGGUUGGGACAAUGUUUGGAGACCUCAUUCCAGCGGCUGGCAUUCCAAGAUUGUUAUUCGCUCCUGGAGGAAUGUAUGGACCAAUGGGAGCUUUAAGGAGAUGACUAAAAAUAAGAAGAGGACUAAGAGAAAAAGAUUUCACUAACAAAAAAAAAAAACAAAAAACAGAGGAAUAGGAGGAGAGCACAUAGAAACAGCUUUCCUGUUUAUUUUGUAAUAUUGAUACCUUUCUUUUUCACUUCUCUUUCCCAAUUAUUGUAGAGAAAAAACACACAGUAUAAUGUGUAGUUCUGGGUAUAUUUGUAAAUAUCUCCAAAUAUGUAUAAAUAUAUAUUUUAUAUUUACAAUGAAUUAUUUUUUGUAUGCCCUUAAAAAAGCUAAAGGUACUCACCCCCGCCUUACACCACUCCCCCACCCAAUUUGGAGAACAUUUGCACAUAGUUUUUACAAACACACACACAGAUGCACAUCUAUCUAAAACCCUGUCUUACACACACACACACACACACACACACACACACUUAAGUAUUGGCUUUCAGGGACUAAGGUAGCAUGUUAAUUUAUUGACUUGUGAUUUUUGUAUUAAUCAGAAAGUCUGAAGAAAGAACAAAAUCAUGAUGAUAUUAAUAAUGUCUAAAUAAUCCAUGAAAAUGUAUUUAAAAUGAUCCCUCAGCAGUAAUGGAAGAAAAUGGCUUCAUUUGAGUGGGAUUGACAGAACCAUGUUUUGUAAGUUUUAUAUAUGAAUGUGAAUAUUAAGUUAAAUAUGUACAUUUUAUAGCCAGCUAAUCCCUUUCUUAUGUAUCAUCAAUGGCAUUUCUGUCCAGACCUUUAACACUUCCUUAGCUGUACUUUAGGAUAUCAGCCUUUUCUGGGUCAACUCUUUCUGGUUUGAAGACACUAAUUGUCCGCUGCCUGGUGUAGAUUAGUUUACUCCACACAAUCGAACGCUUUUAAAAAGUACGGCAUCGUUAAAGUGGUUUUCUUUUCUACAGGACCAACAUUAAGCUGUUCCCUUGCAGAUGUUCACAAAUGUCACAUUUGCAAAUAAAUAAUUGAAAAAUUGA